AUGUCUAACUCGACUCUUGUUUUGAUAGCCCCACUGCAGGCUCUACUUGAUACCAUCUUUCCGUCAGGAGGAGAGCAGUCCACCUUGGAUUUUCUCGCAUUUGCCAAGACCCACUCACUCGAACUUGCGCUUGGUGCGCUCACUGUGCUCAUUGCUCCUCGCAUAUAUGCAAUUCUCAGGGGGCCAACAAGUUCAGUGAACUCGAUGGGCCCCGGCCGGCUUCGUUCAUCUGGGGAUAUUGUAGCCUCCAGGGUGCGAGACAACGGAAACAACACAGGAAUAAUUGACAUAUACAAAUGGAUGAAUAACGUUGCACUCGAAAUGAUUGGCCAAGCAGGAGUCGGACACUCAUUCGGCGUGAUGGAGGACAAGGAGAUUCAGUACCUCGAUGCGUCGCAUCAAGUAUUGCCCUUGAUAAAUAGCAUGUGGUACAUACGACCAUUUCUGCCUACUCUCACUAGGCUAGGUCCUCCUGGCUUCCGAAGGUUUAUUUUAGACCACGUUUCGUUUGGCCCUGCGCAACAGCUGAAAAAAGCCGCAGACGUCAUGGAUAAGAUGGCAAACGAGAUCUAUGUCAAAAAGAAGGAAUCGCUUGCCAACGGAACUUUGGAUUCGGAAAUCGCAGCUGGAAAUGAUAUUAUUUCGAUGCUUUUGAAGCAAAACAAAGUCGUGUCCCCUGAGGAACAGAUGACAGAAGAAGAGAUUAUAUCUCAAGUCAAUGGUUUAGUUUUUGCUGGACACGAUACAACCAGCGGUGCCUUGGCAAGGACCCUACAUCUUCUUGCUCAAGAGCCAAACGUACAGGAACAGCUUCGUGCCGAAAUUAGGGAGGCGCAUAGUCUCUAUGGUAAAGACCUUGACUAUGAUCAACUCAAUUCCCUCAAAUACCUCGAUGCCGUUUGCCGCGAAUCUUUGCGCCUUUGGUCUCCAAGCCAAACCCUGGAGCGCGUUGCAAUGAAAGAUUGGAGUUUACCUCUGCAGUAUCCCAUAAAGUCGAAGGACGGGAAAAAGACAGUGACAAAUAUCCACGUACCAAAGGGGACGCAUAUAUACCUUUCAAUUGGCUCGGCUAAUCGGGACAAGAAAACAUGGGGCGAAGAUGCAGAGAAGUUCAACCCUUCUCGUUGGUUGCAACCUCUACCUUUGAGCGUAGGGGAGUCCAAGAUACCGGGUGUCUUUUCCAAUUUAAUGACAUUUUCGGGAGGUCCAAGGUCCUGCAUUGGCUUCAAAUUUUCACAACUCGAGAUGAAAAUUGUGCUUUCGAGUUUAAUCUCAACUUUCAAUUUUGAACUCGGACCUGAGAAACAUAUUUGGUCGCCGGCUGGAGUUGUCAAACCACACGUCAAACACAAAGACGGGACAAUGGACUCGGUUCCUUCACUGCGUAUGAAGCUCACGCUUGUGAACGAGUAA